GUGCUAUGACUGGUCAUGGGCAACUCUGUAGCAGUGUGUCUUGACAAAGCUCGUGGCAGAAACAAGGCAGAGAUAACAACAGUCAGUGCAACCCAUUGGAAACCGAGAAUGAGCAUCACUGAUAAAUAUUCUCUGUACCAUUCAGAAGAGGCAAAAUAUACCUUAAGGUUGCCAAUGGAUCUGCCCAGAGCGGAAAUGCCUCAGAGAGAAGCGCCUCAAGUGGAAGUGCCGAAGGCAGAACUUCUCAAUGGCUACGCUGAAACUCCUAAUAAAAGGUUACCAAUGGACUUGCCUAAAGCAGAAAUUCCUCAGGCAGAAGUGCCGAAGGCAGAAGUCCUCAAUGGUUUCGCCGAAACUCCUAAUGCAAGGAUGAGUUAUAAUGGCGGUACUGCCGUCGAGAGCGGCCAGCCAGAAGGAAAGGCGUGUUCGUGCAAACGCGGCGACGGCAGCAGCAAGGAGACGUCUACAGCUACGGAGCCGGCAGCAGAAGCAGCAGCAUCCACCAUGUCCGACCUGCACAGGGACAAAAUGGGCCAGUGGGCGGCCAACGAGAGCGGUAGCGCCGCUUGCCCCUCGCUCACCAGAGGGCUCGACCAUCUGCGAAACCCUCAGCUGAAUAAGGGCAUGGCCUUUACCCUACAAGAAAGACAACAGUUAGGGAUUCAUGGACUUUUACCCCCGAGAAUUAAAACUCAGGAGGAGCAAAUGGAGCUGUGCAUGCUUAAUGUACAACGUUACCCAGAUGAUCUUAAUAAGUAUAUUUACCUCAUGGGACUCCAGGACCGAAAUGAGAAACUGUUUUACCGGUUCUUAUCAGAAAAUGUGCAAACAAUGAUGCCAAUAGUAUACACACCAACUGUAGGCCUAGCCUGCCAGAAUUAUGGUCUAAUAUACAGGAGACCACGUGGUUUAUUUAUUACUAUUCAUGAUAAAGGACAUGUCUAUGAAAUUCUGAAGAACUGGCCUGAGUCUGAUGUCAGAGCCAUUGUAGUUACUGAUGGGGAGAGAAUUUUGGGUCUCGGUGACUUAGGGGCUUAUGGAAUGGGUAUUCCAGUAGGUAAGCUGGCACUUUAUACUGCACUAGCUGGUAUUAAACCCCACCAAUGCUUGCCAAUUACACUGGAUGUUGGGACCAAUACACAGAAACUUCUUGAUGAUCCUCUCUACAUUGGUCUGAGGCACAAGAGAAUCACAGGGAAAGAAUAUGAUGACUUUGUAGAUGAAUUCAUGCAAGCUGUUGUGAAGCGAUAUGGUCAAAACACACUUAUACAGUUCGAAGACUUUGCAAACAGCAAUGCCUUCCGCUUCCUUGAAAAGUACAGGGACAGAUAUUGCACAUUCAAUGACGACAUCCAAGGGACAGCAUCUGUUGCAGUGGCAGGUUUGCUGGCUUCACUUCGGGUCACAAAGACACGUCUUUCUGAUCACACCAUAUUAUUCCAGGGUGCUGGUGAGGCCUCUCUUGGUAUAGCUGGGCUCUGUGUGAUGGCAAUGCAGAAGGAAGGAACAUCACUUCAAGAUGCAAGAGACAGAAUCUGGAUGGUGGACUCCAAAGGUCUGAUUGUGAAAGAUAGACCUGAAGGUGGAGUUACAGGACACAAAGUGGAGUAUGCAAAGACUCAUCAGCCCAUCAAAAAUCUGGAAGACAUAGUCAAAACAAUACGUCCUACUGUUCUCAUAGGUGCAGCUGCUGUUGGAGGAGUAUUCACCCCAGAGCUGCUGAAAAGUUUGACAGAAUUUUCAGAGCAUCCAAUUAUAUUUGCUUUGAGCAAUCCAACUACAAAGGCUGAAUGUACUGCUGAGGCAGCAUAUAUAAAUACAGAUGGUAAAGCAGUAUUUGCCAGUGGGUCACCAUUUGAUCCAGUGACUUACAAAGGAAAAACAUUUUAUCCUGGCCAGGGUAACAAUUCAUACAUUUUCCCUGGAGUUGCACUAGGUGUUAUCUGUGCUGGCAUUCGUACCAUAAGUGAAGAAGUUUUCCUCAUUUCAGCAAAGGCACUUUCUGAUUUGGUCAGUGAAGAUGAUUUGGAGAAAGGAAGCCUUUACCCACCUUUAUCAAGUAUACAGAAGUGUUCAGUUGAAAUUGCUGUCAAAGUAGCAGAGUAUGCUUAUGAAACAGGAGUGGCAUCAACUCUACCACGACCUGAAAACUUGGAAAAAUUCAUAAGAGCUCAGCUGUAUGACUACUACUAUAAAUCUUCCGUUCCUGCAGUGUAUGAUUGGCCUAAAUUAUGAAAUGGCUUAUAUGAAAGCAGUUUCCUACUUCACUGACUCAUUCCCUCAAUGAAAUGGAGAUAAGGAGCAAAGGGGAUACAUGAACAUUUCUUGUGAAAUUGUCUUUUGUGUUUAUUUAUUUUUAAUGUGUAAAAUACUGUCUUUUUUGAUUAAAUUGUCUGUUUAUCUGUG